UCCUGGGAUCUGCUGGGCCCUUUUCUACUCCUUGAACUGUCUUGAGCCACUAGGCUAAGCUCCUCUCCUAUUCUUGGGUAACCAGAGAAGUAACGUAAGCCUCAUGACAAUUAAGGAAAUGUCACACUAAUUGUUACUUAGGAAAUUCAAUCUCUGUUCCACACCAAUGCUAGGUCUGACUAAUUUCCUGAUUCUGGGUUUGAUUCCCUGGCAAGAGGAUUUUUCUCAUUGAGGGGAGAUAUUCAGAGCUGCAGCAUUUUGUAGCCUCCUCCAAAACUUUCUCAUGCCCUUUCUGCCUUUUCAACCCUACUAGCAAGCUCUCUCAAACUUUGCUUUUAGAUUUACAGAAACUGGUAUUUUGAAUAUUGUAUUUUAUGCUAUGCAGCUCCCAUGCCUCUCUAUCAUGAUUGCCACCUGGAAACUAUACUUCCCAUUUAUAGGCAUGAGCUUAGAAGAUCAGGAACGUGCCUAGAAAGAAAACCAGGGACGCAUGUCAGAGCUGGGAAGGCCUCAGAGACCUUCCAUAUCAGUAUUCUCCAAACAAAGGCAUGGAGGUCCAGAAGAGGCAGAUUUCCCAGAGAUGAGCCUGGCCGGCUCACCUGUUCCUGAAGCAAUGUCUUCCUGGCAGCAGCAGCAGCAGCAGUGCCCACUUCAGAUGGCCCAGCAGCAGCAGGUGAAGCAGCUCUGUCAGCCGCCUGUCAAAUGUCAGGAGACAUGUGUACCCAAAACCAAGCAUCCAUAUGCUCCCCAGGCCAAGAAGCAAUGCCCACCCAAGGGCACACCCAUACCAGUCCAGCAGAAGUGUCCCUCAGCCCAGCAAGCCCCCAAGAGUAAACAGAAGUAAGGAUGGACCAAGAUAUACCUGCCUGCCAUCCAGGCUACCAGAAGCAGCUUUCUUUUCCUCCUGCUUCUCCUCCCUCCACCCCCAGCUCCAGGAUUUGCUCUCCUCUCCCACCUCCUCCUACCCAGGGUCCAAUGAAACAUUGUCUGGAUUUCUUCCCACUGAGCCCCUUAUCCCACACACCCCCUUGCUCCCAGUCUUCUUCUCUACCCCACUCUGUUGCUAUCUUAGGUGAACAUGAGUGAGACCUCAGCCUCUCCAGCCUCCGGUUUGGCCACAGCUAUGGCCCCAUCCAUGUCCCAAAGCAAGAAAAUAAUCUGGGCUUCUUCUGGGUUUCCACCUUGACUCAUGGGGACACCAGAGGCUAAAGCACAGGUUCUGCCUCAUUCCCUACCCCAACUCCCCAUCCUGAGCUUCCCUCCUAUUUCUUCCUCUAAUAAAUCUGUGCUUCAUGUCAUUGUCUGUGUCCUGGCCCCAGUCUGCAAUGCAUUCAUUGGUUCAGAGGGGAUAUUUGGGGGAAGUGAAUAUGUGAGUACACACAUCCUCAUCAGUGCAUCCUCAGGGACAUAGUUGCCCUGUAGUAACUAAUGAUGAAGGAUGUCAGAUCCUACACAUCUCAGGUAAAGGAGGGGGAGAGAAAGCCCAGGGACUAGUUGGCAAGAGUUUGGGAGACUCUUGCCAGCUAAUUGUAUUUAAGGAAAGACAAAUGGUGGAAAAUUUUGUUCCUACAAUUAGAAACCCCCAGCCUACUUGAUGAAUGUGGUUUUUGCCUGUUGGAAGUUGUCAUUCUGAAAAAGCAGACAAAACAUAUAUAAAUGACAUGAGUACUACAAAGCACUUCUAUGAACAAGUGCAAAUGAAUUUUUCAUGCAUUUAUUUAUUUAUUGUCCAUUCAUUUAUUAACUAACUCACAAUUCAUUCACUCACCCAUCUAAUAUUUAGCAGGUUCUAGCAUGAGAAUAGUUUUCCAUUCUGCCUAUAAAUUGGCUAGAUAUAGUAUAUGCUCAAUAAAUGAUUGGUCUUAUUGGUCUUAUUAUCAUUGUUUACAUCUGGGGAAUGUUGCUCCAAAACAUUAGCUUAAGGACACUCUUCUGCUUAGAGAGUGUCCAUAUGGAACUCUCUUUACUGGCUCAGGAAUCCAUGCUAAUUGUAAAUUGUCUCU